AUGAGGUCGGUGUUCGGUGUGCGAUCGCGAAGUUUGGAGUUGGCGGAGCGGCUGGCCUACGUGGUGAACCCGGAUGGAAGCGAGUCGGCGAUAACUGAAGAUAUGGACAUGCGAUUGCUGACAGUGGGGGUGCGACGGAAAGGCGUAUUGGUGGAUGGUAUGACCCUGCUGGCAGUGGCACCGAAGGCCCGGAUGCGAGUGCUUGACAGCUUGGCACCGGGUUCGAAGUUCUGGAGAGUCGGGGUGCCGCAGUCGCCAAUGGCGGCAGGGGCCGUGCCGGCAGGGACCGUGUUCCGGAUCGAGAAUGAACGUUCCAAGCCGGUGGACGAGGAGAAAGCGCAGUUGAUGGCGAAUGAAGACAAGGCGAAUGAAGACAAGGCGAAUGAAGACAAGGCGAAGGAAGACAAGGCCUAUGAAGCCAAGGCCAAUGAAGGCGUGAGUGCGGCGGGCGACGAAGCGGGGUUUGAUUUGUUUCGAGACUGCGUGAAACUGCGAGCGUUCUUGCACGGAGGCAAGCCUGCGCCGCACACGGAGGCGUUCCUGGGGGACGGGUUGUGGAAGAUAUUUAAUGCAGUUGAUGACGAGUCAUGGAAGCGUUCGCUUGCGGCACGGCGUAUUUGGGAGGAUGUGUUUGGAGACUCGGGUCAGGUGCUGGGGAACUGGGUGCACAUUCUGGAGUAUCAACAUAACUUAGCUAAGCUAUGGGGUCCGGUGGGGCUGGAGGUAUGUUCUUCGAAGCCGGUGACACGGAGUGCGUGGUUCGAGUUGGAGCUGCAAGUGCCGGAAUACUGGCGCGAGGCGGUGGCCAAGUUUGUGCGUGAUGACCCAGAGCCAGACAGCAGGUGGGUGGCACCGGAGGAGGAGGAGAACGAGGAGCCUCAGGCGAACGAGGACGAGGAGGAGGAGGAUUGGGAAGUUCCAUCAGAACCAGUGCGGGCACCAUCGAGUUCGAAAUGCCGCGAUGGCUGCGUGGAAAGCUGCGGGUCUGUCGCCUUGUUUGGGUCGGUCGCUUUUGGCACGUGUGUUUUUUUCGGAUUGGUCUUGCGGAGUUUCGGACUCUGGCAUGAAGAGGUACCGCCACCACCGCCAGUAGUGGCGGAAAGUUUGUGGACGUGUGCGCAAGAGUUGAAGUCCUCGAAGUCGUUGUCGAUGCCUUCUCUGGAGCAGUCUGGGCGAUCGCAAGAAACGUGUUUGCGGGAUGCCUGGUUCCAGACAGCUAAUCCGCCGACAUGUUCUGGUGGCACCGGCGGGUUGAUAUGUCGAGUGAUGCGUAACGGCCCAAUGCGGGAUGUGUGCUACCGCUUUGCUGGUUAUGAGGGACGUGAUGUAGAAAGUCUGUUGAAGGCCUUCGUCGGUGGGCCGCAGUCGAGAAGCUGCCGUAUCUAUUGUGACGCGCCCGGGGCAACCCUCGAGCGUCUGGGAGAUCAUGUCGCCCGCACACUCGCCACCAACGCGACCCUCAUACCCGGCUGGAUUACGACCGACGGUUCCGCACACAACACACCUUGGACGGUGGUCGCGCCCCGUCCUGGCAGGAUCAUAACCAACCCGACGGCCGCAGCGGCCUCGGCGCCCCACUUUGUCCAGCUCCCUCGCGUACAAGGCUGCAGCGGUUACUGCUCCAACUGCACGCGCAACACCUUUGCUGAAUUAGAGAAACGCGAAUGCCCGUGCGGCUUCGCCUACGCUGUAUGCCAAAGCAAAACGGCAGAUCCAAAACCCGGAGACCCGACCACCGUAUCCGCCGCCGCCGGCAUUCAAACCACUCUCAAGACCGUCCUUCACCUCCUGCACGAACUAGACCACCCCAAACGACAUGUUGACAACUGUUGGUAUGGCUGUCAUGACCCCUACGCCCGCUAUGUCACGCCCUCUCCCAAGCCUGAAGUGUUCCCAAGUGAACACCCGGUGACGUAA